CCGGUCCGGUCCGGUCCGGUCGGGAUGGACGCGGCGGAGUGCGGGGUGAAGGUGAUGUGCCGCUUCAGGCCGCUCAGCGACACCGAGCGGAGCCGCGGCGACAAAUUCACCCCCAAAUUUAACGGCGAGGACACGGUGGUGGUUUCGGGGAAGCCUUACGUUUUUGACAGAGUCCUUCCUCCACACACAGACCAGGACCAGGUUUACGACACCUGUGCCAAACAGAUCGUCAAAGAUGUUCUGGGCGGAUACAAUGGCACCAUCUUUGCUUAUGGCCAGACAUCAUCAGGAAAAACCCACACCAUGGAGGUUUCCUAUUUUGAGAUCUACUUGGACAAAAUCAGAGACUUGCUCGAUGUUUCGAAGACCAACCUGGCCGUGCACGAGGACAAAAACCGGGUUCCCUUUGUUAAGGGGUGCACGGAGCGUUUUGUCUCCAGUCCAGAGGAGGUCAUGGACGUUAUCGAUGAGGGAAAAACCAACCGACACGUCGCCGUGACAAACAUGAACGAGCACAGCUCUCGCAGUCACAGCAUCUUCCUGAUCAACAUCAAGCAGGAGAACGUGGACACGGAGACCAAGCUGUCCGGGAAGCUGUACCUGGUGGACCUGGCAGGCAGUGAGAAGGUGAGUAAAACCGGAGCAGAAGGAUCGGUUCUUGAUGAAGCCAAAAACAUAAACAAGUCUCUGUCGGCUCUGGGAAACGUGAUCGCCGCUCUGUCCGAGGGAACCAAGACUCACGUGCCGUAUCGGGACAGUAAGAUGACUCGAAUCCUGCAGGACUCUCUGGGGGGAAACUGUCGCACCACCAUCAUCAUCUGCUGCUCGCCAUCUACCUACAACGAGGCGGAAACCAAGUCCACGCUCAUGUUCGGACAGAGGGCAAAGACCAUCAAGAACACAGUGUCAGUGAACCUGGAGCUGACAGCCGAAGAGUGGAAGAAGAAAUAUGAGAAAGAGAAGGAAAAAACCAGGAGCCUGAACGUUGUGAUCCAGAAACUGCAGAACGAGCUGAAACGCUGGAGAAAAGGUGAGUCGGUCCCACCUGAGGAGCAGAUGAGCAGCAGAGACAAGAAGAGCAGCAGUGAAGUCUCCUCUCUGAUUGACACAUUGGCCCCGCCUCCUGUCCCUUUAUCAGAGGAAGAGAAGACACAGUACGAGAUGCUGAUCACUGAUUUGUACCAGCAGCUGGAUGACAAGGACGAUGAGAUAAACCAGCACAGUCAGGCGUCUGAGACGCUCAGACAGCAUGUGAUGGAUCAGGAGGAGCUGCUGGCGGUGACCCGUCAGGACUACGAGCGCCUGCAGGAGGAGCUGUCGCGGCUGCAGAGGGAAAGUGACUCGGCCAAAGACGAAGUGAAGGAGGUGCUGCAGGCGCUGGAGGAGCUCGCCGUCAACUACGACCACAAGAGUCAGGAGGCGGAGAACAAGAGUCGCAGCAACGAGCGGCUCAGCGAGGAGCUCAGCCUGAAGACCGUGAGCCUGGAGGCGGUGCAGAGGGAGCUGAGCACCCUGCAGGAACUCAGCACCCACCACAAGAAGAGAUCUGCAGAGAUCCUGAACCUGCUGCUCCGAGACCUCACCGACAUCGGCGCCCCCCUCGACCUGAAAGCUGCGACGGAGUCGAGCGGCGUGCUGGAGGAGGAGUUUACUGUGGCUCGCCUCUACGCCAGCAAGAUGAAGUCGGAGGUGAAGUCACUCGUCAAUCGCAGCCGACAGCUGGAGAGCACCGAGUCGGAAUCCCGCCGCCGGACCGAGGCCAGCGAGAUGGAACUGGCGUCCUGUCAGCUGCUCAUCUCACAGCACCAGGCUAAGAUCCGCUCCCUGACCGAUGACCUGCAGCAGGUGGAGCAGAAGAACAGGAAGCUGGAGGAGGGUCAGGACGCUCUGAUGGAGGAGGUCACCAAACUGCAGGCUCAAGGUAAAAUGCACGAGGUGACUGUGAUGGACAAAGAGAAGGAGCACAUGAGCCGCCUGAAGGAUGCUGUGGACAUGAAGAGAACCCUGGAGGAGCAGAUGGAGAACCACCGCGAGGUUCACCAGAGACAGGUGUCCCGCCUCCGCGACGAGAUCGAGCUGAAGCAGCGACUCGUAGACGAGCUGAAAGAUGUGAUUCAGGCUCUGCGAUUGGAGCACCAGAAGCUUCAGUCCGACUUUGACAGACUAAAAGCUGAGGAGCAAAUCAAAGACCAGAAACUCCACAAACUCAUCAGCGACUCCUGCAGCGGCGACUCCUGCAGCAGCGACUCCUGCAGCAGCGACCCGUGCAGCGGCGACUCCUGCAGCAGCGACUCCUGCAGCGGCGACUCGUGCAGCGGCGACUCGUGCAGCAGCGACUCCUGCAGCGGUGACUCGUGCAGCAGCGACUCCUGCAGCAGCGACUCCUGCAGCGGCGACUCCUGCAGCGGCAACUCGUGCAGCAGCGACUCGUGCAGCAGCGACUCGUGCAGCGGCGACUCCUGCAGCGGCGACUCGUGCAGCAGCGACUCGUGCAGCAGCGACUCCUGCAGCAGCGACUCCUGCAGCGGCAACUCGUGCAGCAGCGACUCGUGCAGCAGCGACUCGUGCAGCAGCGACUCCUGCAGCGGCGACUCCUGCAGCGGCGACUCCUGCGGCGACUCGUGCAGCAGCGACUCGUGCAGCGGCGACUCGUGCAGCAGGUGUUUCAGGGCAAAGACCAUCAAGAACACAGUGUCAGUGAACCUGGAGCUGACAGCCGAAGAGUGGAAGAAGAAAUAUGAGAAAGAGAAGGAAAAAACCAGGAGCCUGAACGUUGUGAUCCAGAAACUGCAGAACGAGCUGAAACGCUGGAGAAAAGGUGAGUCGGUCCCACCUGAGGAGCAGAUGAGCAGCAGAGACAAGAAGAGCAGCAGUGAAGUCUCCUCUCUGAUUGACACAUUGGCCCCGCCUCCUGUCCCUUUAUCAGAGGAAGAGAAGACACAGUACGAGAUGCUGAUCACUGAUUUGUACCAGCAGCUGGAUGACAAGGACGAUGAGAUAAACCAGCACAGUCAGGCGUCUGAGACGCUCAGACAGCAUGUGAUGGAUCAGGAGGAGCUGCUGGCGGUGACCCGUCAGGACUACGAGCGCCUGCAGGAGGAGCUGUCGCGGCUGCAGAGGGAAAGUGACUCGGCCAAAGACGAAGUGAAGGAGGUUGCUGCAGGCGCUGGAGGAGCUCGCCGUCAACUACGACCACAAGAGUCAGGAGGCGGAGAACAAGAGUCGCAGCAACGAGCGGCUCAGCGAGGAGCUCAGCCUGAAGACCGUGAGCCUGGAGGCGGUGCAGAGGGAGCUGAGCACCCUGCAGGAACUCAGCACCCACCACAAGAAGAGAUCUGCAGAGAUCCUGAACCUGCUGCUCCGAGACCUCACCGACAUCGGCGCCCCCCUCGACCUGAAGCUGCGACGGAGUCGAGCGGCGUGCUGGAGGAGGAGUUUACUGUGGCUCGCCUCUACGCCAGCAAGAUGAAGUCGGAGGUGAAGUCACUCGUCAAUCGCAGCCGACAGCUGGAGAGCACCGAGUCGGAAUCCCGCCGCCGGACCGAGGCCAGCGAGAUGGAACUGGCGUCCUGUCAGCUGCUCAUCUCACAGCACCAGGCUAAGAUCCGCUCCCUGACCGAUGACCUGCAGCAGGUGGAGCAGAAGAACAGGAAGCUGGAGGAGGGUCAGGACGCUCUGAUGGAGGAGGUCACCAAACUGCAGGCUCAAGGUAAAAUGCACGAGGUGACUGUGAUGGACAAAGAGAAGGAGCACAUGAGCCGCCUGAAGGAUGCUGUGGACAUGAAGAGAACCCUGGAGGAGCAGAUGGAGAACCACCGCGAGGUUCACCAGAGACAGGUGUCCCGCCUCCGCGACGAGAUCGAGCUGAAGCAGCGACUCGUAGACGAGCUGAAAGAUGUGAUUCAGGCUCUGCGAUUGGAGCACCAGAAGCUUCAGUCCGACUUUGACAGACUAAAAGCUGAGGAGCAAAUCAAAGACCAGAAACUCCACAAACUCAUGCUCCUGAAUGAGAAGAGAGAGCAGGCCAGAGAGGACCUGAAGGGUCUGGAGGACACUGUGAUCAAAGAGCUGCAGACGCUUCAUCGCCUUCGCAAACUCUUCAUCCAGGACAUCGCAACUCGCGUCAAGAAUAGUGCAGAGAACGACAGUGACGAGGCCGGAGGAAGUCUGGCUCAGAGACAGAGGAUCGUGUUCCUGGAGAAUAAUCUGGAACAGCUCAGCAAAGUCCACAAACAGCUGGUGAGGGACAACGCCGACCUUCGUUGUGAGUUGCCCAAACUGGACAAGCGUCUGCGAGCCACUGCAGAACGUGUGAAGGCUCUGGAGUCCGCCCUGAGGGCCGCCAAAGAGUCGGCAAUGAAGGACCGAAAACGCUACCAGCAGGAAGUGGACCGCAUCAAAGAAGCUGUCCGCAGCAAGAACCUGUCCAGAAGGGGGCACUCUGCACAGAUCGCCAAACCAAUCCGGGCUGGGCAUCAGCACCCAUCUGGCUCCGCCUCCAUCAGAACAAUUGUCCGAGGGGGCGGGGAAGGGCCCAGCCCACGCCAUCACUACCCCCGACAGCAAACACAUCAACCACAAGUCCAUCAAAGUCACAAGUAAACAACAGGUGAGGCA